GUCUCCGCAGUCAGAAUGGAGCGGUUUGGACCUCAGACGCCUGGGGUGGGAUUUUUUUUGUGUGCGUGUGUGUGAGAGAGAGAGAUGCUGAUGUCGGUUUUUAAUCGAUAAAAUGAGACUGUGAGGUUGUGAGUGAGUUAGUGAGCUAGCUGGAUAGUUGGAGUGAUUAGUGAGUUUGGAAUUAGGGCGUGAUUUUGGGUUAAAAGUCGUGCAGGAAUUUAAAGAAAGAAGAGGAAAGAGAGAAUAAUGACGACCACCACCACGUUUCAGGGCAUGGACCCGGAUGCCAAGAGCAGCUCCAGGGUUCUCCGUCCACCAGGCGGAGGCUCCAACAUCUGCUUUGGCAACGAAGAGGAGAAACCCGCCGCUCGCAAAAACAAAAUGGCUUCCAGCAUUUUUGCAGAACCCGAGGAUCCACAUGCUCAUCGAAGGAACAACCCACCAGGUGGGAAGCCCACAGGUGUGUUGUGUGGAGAACCUUCAGCACCGCUCAGGAGGUGUGUCCAACCUGUCAAUCAAACCGGUGAUGCACAAGAUGAGCCUUCAUCAUCAUCAGUGGUGAACGGAGAUGACGGAAAAAACAACGAUCCUGUGGAGGCAGUGGAGGAGGAGGUGGAGGCGACUCGGACAGAAAAAUCUGGCCCGGGUGCUUCGUCUGAGAAACCGUCAGGACGCAGAAACCCUCCUGGGGGCAAAUCCUCCCUCAUCCUGGGCUGAAACACACACACACACUCUGUCUCUCUCCCUCUCUCUCUGCACCACGCCACAUCCAGAGCCACGUUUACAAGCAUCUGGUCUCCAGUGACCAAACUGUGUGUGUGUUUGUGUGUUUCUCUGUGUGUGUGUGUGUGUGUGUGUGUGUGUGUGUGUGUUGAGAUGCUUUGUAAAUCCAGGCCUCGGUCCUGUUUGCUCCCUGUAUUAUUCCUGCUCCAUGUCUUUUCUCUCGUUGUUACAUAAGCAGAUGAACUGCAUCUCUGCUCCAGUUCCUGCCUCUUUGUCCUUCCUGAAUGUGUGUUCCUGAUCAUGUUUGGACCUGCAGAUGCCUCUCAUCUCUUCAUGUUUAAUUUCAACAAUUUGUUUCUCCAAAACGGUGUAAAGCUGCAGGCUCCUGUCUCGUCCUUCUCAUUCCUGGGUUUAUACGGAUUUAAAAUGUUUGUGUGCAUUUCUACGUAUAAUAAAAUAUUGCUAUGAAA